UUGAAUUAAGUUGCUUGCUGUAAUGUGAGAGAAUUGUGUGCAGUUUUUAGAUUUUAUUUCCUUAAUCUUUAAAUGAUUUUACCGAUUUUCUUGUGUGAGUUAAAAUGUUAAAUUUAUCUAAAUUAAGUUAGUGUAAAUUAAAUUUACUUCUUCAUUCAUUUUUGUGCUGCUGGCAUAAAUUUUUAUCGAGCACGGUCGUUACAAAAUAUUGCAAAAUGACUUCAGCCCUUUAUCUGGAACAUUAUUUGGACAGUCUGCAGCACUUACCCAUAGAAUUACAAAGGAAUUUUAAGCUGAUGCGGGACCUCGACGAUAGAGCUCACGGCCUAAUGAAGACAAUCGAUCUUAUGGCCGAUGAUUUGUUACCAAAUAUAUCUACAAUGGACGAUGAUACGAAAAAAGAAAAGGUGAACACUAUUCAGGGGUUGUUCAACAAGGCAAAGGAGUACGGCGACGACAAAGUUCAGCUCGCAAUUCAAACAUACGAGCUAGUCGACAAACACAUACGUCGACUUGACUCUGACCUCGCGCGAUUUGAAUCCGAAAUUCAAGAGAAAGUAAUGAGCUCUCGAGCGGCGCAGCAAGCAGCCGCAGACCAAGAGACCAAUCCUACCACAGUCAAAAAGGGAAGAAAGAAACUUAAAGGGACUGAAAAAACUGCAACAACAGCAGGUAAGAAAAAACGCACUGGCGCAUCAAGUGAGGAGGAAGCAGUAGCUAGUGGUAGAUCAGCGGCUAAAAAGAAAGCGCAACGCAAGGGUACCACCACCACAACCGCAACUGUUAAAGAACAGGAAGAAAAUGCUGACCUAGAUUCGGUCGGAGGCAUGGCUCAUCCUAGUGAUGUACUGGACAUGCCUGUCGACCCCAACGAACCCACAUACUGCCUUUGCCACCAAGUGUCCUAUGGAGAGAUGAUAGGUUGUGAUAACCUUGACUGCCCUAUUGAGUGGUUCCAUUUCGCAUGUGUAGAUCUUAAGAUAAAGCCAAAAGGUAAGUGGUACUGCCCAAAGUGUACUCAAGACAGAAAAAAGAAAUGAUCCAUAGUCAAACCUCCUGUCCAACCUGCAGAAAAGACUGUAAUAAUAAAGAAAGAAACAAAGUGAUUAUAUUAGGCUUUAAGAAUAGUAUCUAAUAUAACAUAUUGUUUUCUAUUAAAAUAUAUUAUAUUGAUUAAAUUAGGAAUAAUUUAUUUUUAGCAUAAAUUGUUUGAUCAUCAAUUAUAAUAAGAGUAAUAUUAAAUUAUGAAUAUAUAGGUUGCUUCACAUUAAAAAAGACCUCUGGUGAUUGACCUGUGCAGUAGCCAGUUAUUUAAAUUUUAUUUGUUGAAACUGGCCUGUUAAUUAAUGUUUAUUUCUUUAUACAGCUGUAAUCAACAUUAAACCUAUGUGUUAUAAUAAAACAAUGGGCUGAACACUGACAAGUCUUAAAUUAUUUGUUUAAACUGCCCCUGCACAGUAAAUUGUCAUAGCUCUUUUUAUGUGAUCUGCGGCACAUUAACUUAUAAAACCUGUAUGAUGUAUUGAUUUUAAGAGGUUAAGAAUGUGUGAAAUGUAUGAAUCAGUAAUAAUGUAGAGUGGUCUGUUUUUGAAAUGUAUUAAACCUUAUAAUACAAUUUUCCUUACAAGCAACUCUACGUACAAUGGAUAGUUCCCGCCAACUAGGUGCAGAUACAGGCUGGCCCAGUAUGAAGGAGAAUGCAAUAUUCUUAAAUUUUGUAGAUAAGUACUUAAAAAAACAGAUGUCUAAAAAAACCAUAUUGAAUCCUAUUAUAUUGGAAUCACUAUGGUUUCUUUUAGUAAAUAAAAUUAUAUUCUGUGAUUUGCCUUAAUGAUAACAAUUCUUUUAUAUUGUUGCAACAUAAUAUUACAAUUACCAUGCCUUAAUUAUGUAAUAAAGUAAUAGUUGCCUUAUAUAUAGAGGAUAAUUUAAAUCUAUAUCACAUUGUCUUGUAAUAUCUUGCAAUCAUUACAUAUGUUAUUAAAUGGAUUGCUACAUCAUAAUUAUUGUUAUUGUUUUUAACUAUAAUUAAAUUAAAAUUAUUAAUAUUUCAACAACCAUUAAUUUUAUUUGUUUGUUGGUUUGUUUAAUCAUUUUACCAAGUCUGUGACAUUGUUGUUAUGAACUUUUCAGGUAAAAAUUUAAAUGAUCAAUAAAAAUCAUUUCAAUUUUGUUCCAAACUUAAAAGAUGUAAAAAAAUUACUAAAUUUUAGCAUUUUUGUCAUCAUUAAUUUCACGUUUAUUCAUAUUUUAAAUCAGGAGUAUCCCUUUUGGGUUAAUUCUAUACUUGCAAACUAAUUUUCUUUUAAAAGUCAUAAAGUAACUAUAGUUAUUUGUGUUUAAAUGCUUUCCAAAUAAAUCGCUUUUGAGUUAAGAUGUAUUUGUACAAUGCACAUGGGCCUGACAUUUACACUUACUUUUAAUUUGUUUUGGUACCUACUAAAUAAAUUGACAAAAAUAACAUUUCGUAUGUACAUUUUGUAUAAAUAAGAUACUCUGUCACUAUUAUUGGUUUUCCAGAUGUUGAGCACAUUAACACUGGGUUUCUUGCUAGCUAACUUACAAAAAUAGUUCCCAAAUUGUAGUUUAGCUGUGUGAUCUUAUUUUUCAUUGUUACUUUUUGAUGACUGACAUGAUAUCUAAUAUAUUAAUGAUUGAUGCUGCAUACUCUUACUAAUUUGGACCCAUUUGGUUGAUAUAUGUUUGUGUAAGAAAGCUGUUACUUUCGUUUAGUUUAUUAGUCCUGUAAAAAUUCACAGCUAUUAUGUAUUAAUGAUUAUUGCUUUUUUAAGUAUGUAUGUAUUUCUUUUUAUAAUUCAUUUUAAGUUACAAUACAAAUUCUGUUAAAGAAUCAAUUAUAUGCAUUGAAUGUUUAAUUUGUCUGUUGGAUAUUAUUUGUGUAAGUAGGUAUAUCAUUAUUUUGACUAUAACUAACAUUUCUUUUAGAUACUGUAAUUAUGUGUCGCUAGACAUUGGUGAACCCUGUUACUCUGGCAUAAAAAUGACAACAAAAAUGAUUUAUAAAAAAAAACAUAAAUUAUGACACAUCUUCAAACGAAGACACGAUUUUUAGGUCACUAAUUAUAUUGUUAAGUGGUUUUGAAUUAUAAUGAAAUAGAGAAAGUCUGGAGUGAUAACAUCACAAUGCUUCUAAAAAAACAAGUGCAGAAAUUUACAUAUUCUGAAAUCUAAAGAUAUUUCAUGUUUUAUUGAAAUCAAACACCAACUAUAAUAUACAAGUAGUCUUAUAUAUAUAAGUUUUACAAUUGCCUAUAGUUGUUAAUUUUAUUAAAUAUGAAUUAAUGAA